UCUGUGCUCUCAUGUUUGUUGCGUUACUCUGCAGUAUUUGAGCUCCUGACAGGAUGUGUGCGCGCUAUCUUGGAUUUGUGCUUCUGAUUUGGUUUGCAGGAGUGACGCAUGCACAAAAUGAAAAUGUCUGCAGGGCUCCUGUGCUGAAUGGGGGUUAUUAUGUCCCUGAAAAAGAGACUUACCUUAAUAAAGCAGAGCUCACUUACGCUUGUGAUUCUGGACUGAAACCGGUGGUGGAGGGUUGGUGGGCGAGAAGCAGAUGUGAAGAUGGGAAUUGGGUUCAUAAACCACAGUGUAUAGAUCAAAAUGCCUGCCUCCCCCCAACAAUAUCUCAUGGGAAAUAUGAUAAAGCAGAAGACGGUUGGUACAAAGAACGGUACUCUAUUUUGGUACAAUGUGACGAUGGAUAUGAACGCAAAGGCAACAGUAGGCCCAGGUGUAGAAGUGGAACCUGGAGCCCUUUGCCUGUCUGUGAGAGAAGGAGGGAUUCAUGCAGUGAGCCUCCAAAAAUCUCUCAUGCAGUCAUAAUUCAUCAAUACAAGGAAGUGUUUUCUGCAGGUUCAGAAGUGCAGUAUGAAUGUGAAGAAGGUUAUACUCGAGAGGGCAACAAUAUCAUCAUUUGUGAACGUGGACAAUGGACUGCAGGGCCAACAUGCAACAAAUCAUCAGCAGAUCAGGGACACUCUGCAUCAGACACAGACGUCCAGCCUGAGGGGGGAGACAGAAGAGAAAGUGGAGCUGGCAGUGGUAAACAACCGGAGGGAGCGUUCUGUGUAAUGAAUGCUGCUAGAUAUGCUCAUUAUGGUCUUGCUGCAGCUGAACCUGAAAACAUGUGGGAAGGACAAGAUAAAUAUUUUUCUUGUAUAGCAAGAGACAAAUAUAUCCGUGUUCGGUGUACUAACAGAAGGCUAGAUUUCACCAGAUGCUGUGAUGGAAAUGAAUUUCAAUCUUUUCCUGACUGCUAUAGAUUCGGAGAAUCCUACUGACAACACAACCUUUCUGAAACACUUCAACCAGAACCUGCAGAGCAACAAUGAAACAUGUUUCUUUUCUUUGUCCAGUUUUGGGGCUGAUUGUUCUUUAAACACCAAACUGUCCAUAAAUGAUUUGAACUUUUCAUGCACUCAGUACAUGAUGUGUACACUGAAUCCAUAAAGUGUCGAUGGCUGGCUGAGGUCUGAAUAAAAUGUUUCGUCAUCAGA